UUGUGAAGUACUCCAAUCUCCCCUCCAUCUUGCGCACUGUACUAACUUCAACACCCCCAAAGCCAGCGCCAGGUCACCCACGCCCACCUCACCUUGACCUUGCCCCAAAAAGACGUCUAAUUAUCAUCUCCAUCGCUUCUUUUGCUCGCGCCAUCUCAAUCUUUCCCCUCUCCCUUUUCUCAACAAUAACCAUCAUAUUUUCCGUCGGCUGCGCUUGAGUAUCGUCUCUUAUCGCGACUUCAUCCUACCAUCGACUCGAGCAACAAUCCUUGGGCCACUGACGCCCAAUCCGACAACGUUAUACGAUUCAUCUCACGCAAUAUACCCGCUUCGCCCCUCUCUUCCUCCGCCGCAACAAUUCGGCCCUGUUUUUAAGCCGCGGCAGCUUUAAUAAAGCUCCUCGCCGCCAGCCAUGACGGGCACUGAGACUUCCAAUGCGGGAGGAGGUUUUGAUCUGCUACGAAGAGCAACUCAAGCAAUGAUGUCUAGGUUCGUCAAUGGUUUCUUCUUCUGUCAUCUUUGAAGCUACUGUUUUGCCUUGCUUUUACUCUCUUCUGCGUGUUAUUGCUAUUACCAUUUGGUGCCCUUUUCAUCCUGUUUUUGGUGGGGACUCGAGAUGGAUAUCCUGACCUCCAGCGAUGUGGUGCUGCCAUGCCCCUCACCAGGCGCAGUCAGUCGGUGGUGGCGACGAUGACGGACUUGCAGCACUCGAGCUCAGUAGCUUCAGCGACGCCUGUUCCAGCCAGAGCUGCCAUUGGAUCCCUUGUUCUACGACACCGCCCAUGGGAACCCACAUCACCUCACACGGAAAUGGAACCGCUGCUGGCACUUACAGCUGUUCACGCAGGACUGCAUCCCACUAUUGGGCCUUGUUGGGCUCUAUCUAGUGGACAGCAGCCCUGUAACCGCACUGCAGGACGACGUCUCGCCUUUGCGUUGGCAGCCAGAGCAUGGAUUCCCCAUAACAGCGGUCGAGCCUUUGCCCUGGUAUUGUUGGCAAAGCCCGGCAACCAUGGAAAACUCGACAUUAUAACAGAAGCUCGCAAAUACCAAUCAAGGCGUCGCCGUUCAUUCGACUUCAGUUCGCCAUCGCAGUGGAACCGAGCAUUCGCCGCCGCCGUCUCGAAAUCAUCUUGCAGCCUUUAAAAUUGGAUACAGCCUGUUCCAAACGAGCAAAGAAGCACAUGAGCAAUCAAUGGCUGCUGUGGCAUUCGCAUUCCCCUAUGCAAGAGACAGGUCGUCUUUUAGUUACUUCUCUUUUUUUCCCCCUCUCAUUACAAGGACCAUGUUGCAACUUUGCAAGCUCAGGUCUGACUCGCUUCAACUGUGAUUGGGCCCAAUCCAAAGGCUGCCCAGCCUCGGAGUCAGUCCCUGCGUUCGGCCCCGCUAUCAGCUUCAGUUUUCCACGUUUUGCUCCUGGUCCAAACAAUUUUGGGCAAAAGCCCUCAGGCAAAAGGAAGCUUUUUGGACAAGCCUGACCCCGGCCGCAAAGCGAAGUUUUACUCGCGGGAAAGAAUUGAUCUCGUCAUCGUCCUUUUUAUUACAUUCAAGUAUUGAGCCUCCACUUGGUCCCUUCAUAGUCCGUCUUACACGGCCGCUCUCGGCAAGGCCUCGCAUCCCAUCCUAAUCUCUACUGCUCGCUCGCUGGUCCUGGCGCUUCUUCCGCAUCCACACCGGCGCGAACACACCACUGGCUACCAAGAGUUCCAAAGUCCUUCCCAUUCCGUGUUUUUCUCGUCAUAGUCGCAUCGUCAGAGUCCACCUCUUCUGUUAUUGCCCAUCUUCUCUGGUGGUCCCUCUCGGCCUUUGCCCUGUUUACCCUCUAGUUGACGCGCUUGGCAACCGUCAUGAACUAGUGUUCCCACUUUGUUUUUUUUCCCCGCGCCGCUGCUUCGGCGUAGAAGCAUUUAUUCACUCACUGGAAAUCUUUUACAAAAAUGCAUGGGGUUAUUAACAAAAACGUCAGGUCUGCGGCAGACGAGGAUGGCGCCGAUCACAUUGGUCUCGAAACUCCUCGAUCCGGUGUAGCUACACCUCAACCCGAUCUACAGGACAAACGCUUGCCAGGAAUCAUGAGCUACUUCGGCCAGGUUCGUAAAUACCCUUCUACGCCUUCGUCAGAUCCCAAUUCGUCACAGAGUGAUACCACUCUAGACCGAAUUUCAGUUGUGCCCACUCCACCAGCCGGCCUGCAGUUGCAGGCACACACCGAAGGCUCUCCUCGCGGCUGUGAGUCCUCGGCUUUGGAUCGUUCGCUUCUUCAACAUGAGCGUCCUGGUUCCAUGCCAAGUACCACUGAGCGGGAUGAGCAUAACCUUUCGGACCCCUACCCAACCCCACCCACUUCUCAGCCCUCGUCUUCGGGGGGUUCUAUCUCCCAGGACAUGAUUUCUGCAGACUCAGGGGCGCAUGGCAGGGCUACGGUCGAGCAAAAGUCUCUUACACAGCAGUCACAAUUCAAGAAACCCACAGCCUCACCAUUCACCACCACCCACUUUCAAACUUCCAAUGACCCAUCACUACCUGAACUUGACUCCUCCAAAAACACAGCACCUACCAAAGACUCCAUUAUUCCUUCGCAUCCUGAGCCCAGUACAAGUUCAGGCGCCUGUUCAGCUGCUGCCCCCGGCAAGUGGCAUUUUCUUAAUGGACUCAAGGAGCUAACUCGUAUGACGUUCAAGAGCGGCAACUCGACUCCUACUCGAGCAAUGUCGGCUGCUCGACCAUCUGGCUCCGAUAGAGCCCCUUCCUCCGGGAGGACCAGUCAUGACGGUGCUGAAGUCAGCGGUACUCAGACUCCAAGGAGUUCUGCCGGUGCCCAGGCGCCUGCCGCCAAGGGAAAGCUAACAAUCAAGAUCAAUGAGGCUCGUGGGCUUAGGAAGAGUCGGGACCCUUAUGUUGUUGUGGUUUUUCAGCGUAGUGAGCUCAUUUCUGGGGGUCCUCACCACAUCGAUGAGGACGAUAACCUCAGUGUCGAGCCACCUCCGGCAGCUGGUGGCAUCCCUAUCCAGCGAUCAGGCAGUGACUCUGGGCGUCCCUUGGCUAUUCCCAUGAGGAGCAGGCAAAGCAGCAACACCAGCAUUAAUGACUACGGCUCGUUCCGUAACCGAUCCGGAGGUCAGCUUACAUUCACCAACCCAAAAUGGGAUGCCGAAGCCGAGUUCGACGUUGUGGACUAUGAUAUGCUGGUCGAUGUCUCAGUUUAUGAUCAUGGAGCAACAGGCGAUGAAUUUCUCGGCCAUGUUGAUUUUCAGGCUAGCAAGGAUCCUGGUGCCACCGUCCAGGGCUGGUUCCAGCUGCAGGGACAUGCUGAUACCAUGGCAGAAAAUGCGCCAACCGGUGAGAUCUUCCUCGAGGCCAUCUACCACAGAGCAGAGAGGAAGCAAUUUGGCCCCACUGAUUUCGAAAUUCUUAAACUCAUCGGCAAGGGCACUUUUGGUCAGGUGUAUCAAGUGCGAAAAAAGGAUACUCAGCGCAUUUACGCUAUGAAGGUUCUGCAGAAGAAGGUUAUUGUGCAAAAGAAGGAAGUUGCCCAUACCGUGGGAGAACGAAAUAUUCUGGUUCGGACCGCCAUGUCCGACUCACCUUUCAUCGUUGGUCUCAAGUUCUCUUUCCAGACACCAUCAGAACUUUAUCUCGUUACCGAUUAUAUGUCUGGAGGUGAGCUAUUUUGGCAUCUACAGAAAGAGGGUCGGUUUGAUGAGAAGCGAGCCAAGUUCUACAUCGCCGAACUGAUCUUGGCCAUUCAGCACCUUCAUAAUAACGACAUUGUAUACCGGGACCUGAAGCCUGAGAACAUCCUCUUGGAUGCUAACGGACAUAUCGCCCUUUGUGACUUUGGUCUCUCCAAGGCCAAUCUUACGAAGAACGACACUACCAACACUUUCUGUGGAACAACCGAAUACCUUGCGCCUGAGGUUUUGCUAGACGAAUCUGGCUACACCAAGAUGGUGGACUUCUGGUCGCUUGGGGUUUUGGUCUUUGAGAUGUGCUGCGGCUGGAGCCCAUUCUAUGCCGAAGAUACGCAGCAAAUGUAUAAGAAUAUUGCCUUCGGCAAGGUGAGGUUUCCUCGAGAUACCCUCUCUCAGGAAGGAAGGAAUUUCGUCAAGGGACUCCUCAAUAGAAACCCCAAGCACAGACUAGGUGCGACUGAUGACGCCGAAGAACUGAAGAGACACCCCUUCUUUGCCGAUGUGGAUUGGACUCUUCUCUCCAAGAAGCUUAUCACUCCACCUUUCAAACCCAAAUUGAAGUCUGAGACAGACGUCUCAUACUUCGAUCCGGAAUUCACGACCGCGUUGGAUCAGAAUGGCUCUCUGAACGAACGUGCUGCUGCGUUGGCCCGAGGCUAUGCCGCUUCGACUCCUCUUUCUCCUUCUGUUCAGGCCAACUUCCAAGGCUUCACGUUUGUUGACGAAAGCGCAUUAGAUGAUCAUAUGCGAGACCGAGCAGGACUCGUUGAUGAAGAUAUGGAUGAUGGACAAAAUCACAGGAACCGCGAUAACGACGAUUGGGACAAUCUCGACGACAUUGACCUCAGGAAGGCAAACCGGAUGAGCGGGAUCGUGAAGACUGGACAUGAUGAGCACAUGGUGGGGGGUUCUCACUUUGACGUAUAAUGCGGCAACUCCUUUUUCCCGCACAGUAUUAUUCAAGUCAAGCUCCACGGCGUUUCAACCAUGCUGGAGAUUGAUCUAUCUCUACGUGUCAUACAGAAAGCAAAAAGUAAUAUUUCGCAAAACCAAAAAACUCACCUCUUCCCCAGUUUUGCAUGUGGGUUACGGAUGUCUAAUUUGUGGAAUUAUAUGCAUCGAGGUCGGCUGGUAUUGCAUUGCAUUGGUCGUCGAGCUGUACGGGACUGAUGGCGUUUUAUGGUUGUGGAAAAUGAGAAGAGAGAGAGAGAACGAGAAACAAAAAAUAGGAGGAUCAAGUCUAUUUUGGUCGAUCCCUCCGUUGGGGGCCAUUUUCCUUAUUUUGAUUCCCAGCAAUAACAGGAGGGCUAUAUGAGUAAUGAAACGAGAAUGCCACAGCUAUUCUUGAAAGCUCCCUGAAGGGAAAUCGGUCUCUUUCGUUUUAUUCUAGACUUGUCCUUGUUGGAUAUAGUAGCCUAUGGAAGAGUUCGAGCCCAGCCUGCCAGCCUUCUCCGUCUUGUGGUUGUCGAUGACGUUGAUUGCCACCUGACGUCGAUAACCAAGAGCUAGUGCAGCAUAGCUUAGAGGAUGAAUGAUGUAUGACAUUGGAUUAUAUGAGAGUAUUCGGGGGAAGUUGAAGUCAUAUGGAUACAUCAUUGAUGUCAGAGGGCACACGAGGCUGAUCGGCAUAGGCCCUGCGACGUCAGGUCGGCAGCUUGAGAGGUAGACGCACGGUUAGUCAGAUAUCACCAGGAGAUAGACAUAUUGUUUCGAGGUUUUACAUGCAACGAAAUAUAUAUAGUCACUUGGAAAUGAUCGUUGUAACAAGUUGCGUGUGCUUCAUUUGACGUUUGCAUUUCGCAAUUAGUUCCUACGGGCAACCGAAAAAAAGGCUGAAUUUUAGGAAAAUGUACACAGGAUUCUUAUCCCCAAUCCACUUGCUUCUGCUUCUGCUUUCUCCUUGAUCGCUCCGGCUGCUCUUCUCGGGGGUGAGUUGGUGUCAGCCUCCCUCUUUUUGCUAUUCCCAUGAAACGGCGGCUGGGCGGUGAGAAAUGACCCCCAAAAUGCGCUGCAGUCAGGAUAGUCUAUGUGUUCCCAAAGGUAAUAAAAACGCUUUAGUGGUGAGCCUCAUCCUCCUCCUCAGCCUCAAGCCAGUCGGCAACCUCGGGGGUACCGGACUGGGCAGAGCUGUCCUGGCCCUCAAUCUCAACGGCCAUGCUCUCGUACUCCUUCAGGUUGCCGGCGAGGUCGGUCUCCUCGGGGGAGGCAGGUGUCUUGGGGACGUUGAAUGUCUGGACGUUG